UCCCUCCCUCCUUCCAUCCAUCAUCUUCUGCAACUGCAACUCUGCAAGUGUGUGGUUGUAAAGUAAUCAGAGCGGGAGUGGCUACAAACCUACAACCCUACAACCUACAAACAAGAAGGGAAGAUGGGAGAAAUUACAGCGGAACUCCAAGGAGCUGCCCUGUUGGUUGUAACAUAUGUUUCUUGUUUGUUUACUGUAUUUAGUUUCUUACUACUUCCUGGUGGUGUUGAUAGUUUCAUUUAUGUACAAAGUUACAUCAGAAGUCAAACAACACUAGGACUGUGAUUUCUGUUCAUUACUUAUCACCAUUUCCAGUUAAUGGGUUCUUGGGAAUCAUACAACCAGAAAAUGGUGAGGUGAUGCAAUAGAAUUGUGCUUGACUCUAUCAUCUAUUUUCCUUGCGUUCCAUCCCCAUUCCCAUUCCCAUUCCCAUUCUCAUAUACCAGUUCCAUGACAGUUCACAGAUGAGUGGGUCUGGGUGUCUCAGAUCCUUGAUGCUCACUCUAAACCAAUUCCCUGAGCCUCUGUUUUCCCAUCGCUUCCUGCGUCAUUUCAGAAACCAACUCACUCUCACAACCAAACCCACCUCAUUUAUCAAUCCUCACAAGUGCUUUUGUGGGAAUGUCACAAGGUUGAGCUCGGCAGAAUAUAGUAACGCAGCAGCGAAAGCCCAUAUCUUCGAUGGUAGUCUAGUUCAUCAAAAUGAAAGCAAUCCAAAGGGGAUUGAAUUCCUGCAUUCGGUGGAAGCACAUUGCGUUCGUGCUAAUUGUCAGACUUAUAUUUGGCUUUUAAAAGGGUGCUCAAGUUCUGGGUCCUUUUUAGAUUCUAAGAAGCUUCACUCUACAAUUCUGAAGCUGGGUUUUGAUGCAGAACAGGUAAUAUGUGAUGGCCUCACUGAUGCUUAUCUUGCCUGUGGUGAUUUAGAUGGUGCGGUUAAGGUUUUCGAUGACAUGCCUCACAGAAGUUCAUUUUCAUGGAAUAACAUAAUUCAUGGGUUUCUUGCAAAGAAGUUGACCAGCCAUGUAUUGGAUCUCUUUUCUCGAAUGAUAGCAGAUAAUGUGCAUCCUGAUGAGACCACGUUUGCCUGGGUUUUAAGGGCAUGUGGUGGGGGUAAUGUCCGUUUCCAAUAUGUUGAACAGAUUCAUACAAGGAUUAUUUGUCAUGGUUUUGGUACUAAUUUGCUCGUAUGUAAUCCCUUAAUUGAUUUGUAUGCCAAAAACGGGUAUGUGGAUUAUGCUAAAAAGGUCUUUGAUAAAUUAUAUCUAAGGGAUAGUGUUUCUUGGGUGGCCAUGAUUUCCGGUUUAUCUCAGAAUGGACGGGAAAAAGAAGCAGUUCUCUUAUUCAUUCAGAUGCAAACAUCAGGAAUUUUACCCACUCCUUAUGUAUUCUCAAGUGUACUAAGUGCCUGCACCAAAAUAGAGUUAUUUGAGAUGGGAGCACAGCUGCACGGCCUUAUUUUCAAGGGGGGAUUUUCUUGUGAAACAUAUGUAUGCAAUGCACUGGUGACAUUAUAUUCCCGCUCAGGGAACUUCAUAUCUGCUGAAGAAAUUUUCAAAACAAUGAUCCACAGGGAUGCAGUAUCUUAUAACUCACUGAUCUCUGGGCUAGCUCAGCAUGGGUUUAGUGAUAGAGCAUUGGAAUUGUUCAAAAGAAUGCAGAUUGAUUGUUUGGAACCAGACUGUGUUACAAUUGCUAGUCUUUUGAGUGCCUGCGCAGAUAUUGGUGCUCUGCAUAAGGGAACACAACUCCACUCACUUGCAAUAAAAGCGGGAAUGUCAUCAGAUAUCAUCCUUGAAGGCUCUCUGCUUGAUCUUUAUGUGAAAUGCUCUGAUGUGCAAACUGCCUAUGAGUUUUUCCUUACUACAGAGACAGAAAAUGUUGUCUUGUGGAAUGUGAUGUUAGUUGCUUAUGGUCAGCUAGAUGAUCUUAAUGAAUCAUUUCAUAUUUUUAGGCAAAUGCAUAUUGAGGGCAUGAUUCCUAAUCAAUACACCUACCCUAGUAUUCUGAGAACCUGUACCUCUGUCGGGGCUCUCAAUUUAGGAGAACAAAUACAUACUCAAGUCAUAAAAACUGGUUUUCAUUUAAAUGUUUAUGUCUGCAGUGUGCUUAUUGAUAUGUAUGCUAAGCAUGGGGAAUUGGAUACUGCCCUGAAAAUUCUCAGUAGACUCACUGAGGAUGAUGUUGUGUCUUGGACUGCUAUGAUCGCAGGGUAUGCACAGCAUGAUUUAUUUUCGGAAUCUCUUAUACUUUUUGAAGAAAUGCAAAAGAGAGGAAUUCGAUCUGACAACAUAGGAUUUUCAAGUGCAAUAAGUGCAUGUGCUGGUAUUCAAGCACUCAAUCAAGGAAGACAAAUUCAUGCUCAGUCGUGUGUCUCUGGUUGUUCAGAUGACCUGUCAGUCGGAAAUGCACUUGUUACCCUGUAUGCCAGAUGUGGUAGAAUAUGGGAAGCAUACCAUGCAUUUGAGGCAAUUGAUGCUAAAGAUAAUAUAUCAUGGAAUGGAUUGAUAUCUGGGUUUGCACAGAGUGGGUACUUUGAGGAAGCACUGCAGGUAUUUAAUCGGAUGAAUAAAGCUGGAGUAGAAGCUAAUUUGUUCACAUUUGGCUCUGCAAUUAGUGCUGCUGCUAAUUUAGCAAAUAUAAAACAAGGAGAGCAGAUCCAUGCUGCAAUUAUAAAAACUGGGAAGAAUUCCGAAACUGAGGUUUCCAAUGCUUUAAUCACAUUGUACUCGAAGUGUGGUAGCAUUAAUGAUGCCAAUAAAGAGUUUUCUGAAAUGCCUGAAAAGAAUGAGAUUUCUUGGAAUGCCAUGAUUACUGGCUAUUCUCAACAUGGGCGCGGUGUUGAAUCAAUACAUCUAUUUGAGGAGAUGAAACAACUUGGUGUAGUGCCAAGCCACGUCACAUUUGUGGGAGUACUUUCAGCCUGUAGCCAUGUAGGCUUGGUAGAUGAAGGGCUUGGUUACUUCGAAUCCAUGAGCAAAGAGCACGGGUUAGUGCCUAAGCCUGAACAUUAUGCUUGUGUUGUUGAUCUUCUAGGGCGAGCUGGUUCUUUGAGCUCUGCAAGAAAAUUUAUAAAGGAGAUGCCAAUGAAACCAGAUGCAAUGAUUUGGAGGACGCUCUUAAGUGCAUGUAUAACUCAUAAGAACACAGAAAUUGGAGAGUUUGCUGCCCAUCAUCUUCUAGAACUGGAACCUGAAGAUUCAGCAGCUUACGUUCUCCUAUCAAAUAUGUAUGCAGUAGCAGGAAUGUGGGGUUGUAGGGAUCAGACGAGGCAAUUAAUGAAGGAAAGGGGUGUGAAGAAAGAGCCUGGUCGUAGCUGGAUUGAGGUAAAAAACUCAGUUCAUGCAUUCUUUGUUGGUGACAAACUGCACCCGCUUGCAGAUAAGAUUUAUGAAUUCUUAGGGGAUUUGAAUGAGCGGGCAGCUGAAAUUGGUUAUGUUGAAGACCGUUACAACCUUUGGAAUGAAAUAGAGCAGCAGCAGAAAGAUCCAACAGAGUAUAUUCACAGUGAGAAAUUGGCAAUCUCUUUUGGCCUACUCAGCUUAUCUAAUACGAUCCCUAUACGUGUAAUUAAGAAUCUUCGUGUUUGUAAUGAUUGCCAUAAUUGGAUCAAGUACAUGUCAAAGAUUUCAGAUCGAACUAUCAUAGUACGGGAUGCUUAUCGUUUUCAUCAUUUCAAAGAUGGUGUUUGUUCUUGUAGAGAUUACUGGUAAGAUUGUCAAAAAGCUUACCGGAAUCCAUGUUUCCAUCGAGGAUUUCAAAUCACUUUAUUGUCCUAUGAUUGAGUCGAUUCAAGUUUCCUCUAAUAGAAGACCAUGGUAUGAACUAUAACCAGCAAUUUCCUUUUAUUGCUAUUUGCACAGAAUUUUAGGGACCAUGGCUCGUUAAAUCUUUUGUGAUUCUGUUAGCUAGUGACAUGUUUUAAUAGGUCUAUCUAGAACUAUAGCAUGUUAACUCUUAACGUACUUUAUCAGACAAACAAAAACAAAGCUUGUCAUGUGAACUAGCUUGGAUAUUUGGACCAGUUCAAAUUUCCGUGACCAAUUUGUGCCAGCUACUGCUGCUUUUUGGAAUUUGAAUUUUUAAGGACUUGGUGACAAUUGUUGAUGCUCACUCCAGGAGAUGACUGUCUUACUUAAGCCCUGGAAAAGGGUAAAGAAAAGAAGUAAGCUUGGACCAAGGGCCUGCCACCUGCAGCAUCCUGGAACAGAAACACUUGGAGACCAGCCAGAGGCUGAUGGUGGAUUUGAAGUUCUAUCGUGAUUGAGGCUAACAUUCACAAACCAAUUGGUGCGGAAGGCCCUGCGAGAAUAUCAUAUCUACAGUUUACUUGAUUGCAGGCUGGAUCUCAGGCAAAUUGCGUUGGAAGCUCGGAAUGCAGAAUACAACCCCAAGUGUUUUGCCACUGUCAUUGUUAGAAUAAGGGAACCAAAAACUACAGCGUUGAUUUUUGCCUCUGGGAAGAUGGUGAGCUCUCCAGAAAUUUCUGCUAUUCAACUGGCUGAUAACUGCAUGAUUUCAUUUCAGCUAUUCCUAAUUUUGUUUCUAUAAAUUUUUUGGAACUGGUAUGCUUUUGAAUCUCUCAGGCUCCUGUUCAGUCCCACCUUUGGAACCAUAUGAGAUCUGAAAGAACAGUUUAUCCUACUUCUUAUGUUUUUCAAAUCAUAAUCCAAUUGAUUGUGCUAUUAUCUGUUGACAUGUCUAUUUGGGUACAGUUUAGACAUGAUUAUGUAUUUGUUGAUAUGUGUUUGGAACUCCACAUACACGACUGUGUUAAUUGUCAUGCUAAGUAUUAGUAAUGUAUUUUGCCUUU